AUGUCUGAGGCCAUACCAGACCCUUCUGAAUAUGCUUCUAUUAUCCCCCUCAGUACCAUUCGGGCCUGGCGCUCUCUUGGCCACAGCUAUCCUCACUAUCCAUCUACAUGGUCAGAAGCUCCCCUCGAAUGGCUUAAGCAGUGUCCUCAGGUUUCUCCUGCCAUUGAACUGCCCGCCGCCAAUCUUUACGCUGUCACCCGUCCUCCUGAAUCAUCAUGGCAACGCCAACCCUUCCAAAAGCGACCUUCCCCUCCGGAUUCUGAGCUCCCUCCGCCAACUAAGGUUGCAAGGCCAACUGCUACGAAACGUCUUCCAAGCCAAGCUGCUGCUGCUCGUACAUACAGUUCUCCUUCUGCACAUCAAGAUUUUAAAUACCUUUAUGUUCCUGUCCAGCGCCGUAUCCCCUCAGUCAAUUACGUAGCCGACUAUGACGCCUGCAUACCAAUAGCAGCCGUAUUCUCGAUAUACACUAUUCGGGUCACCACCUCGUUGCUCUACUUAUUCACAAUGACUAUGGGACUGAGCUUCGUUCACAACUAA